AUGGCCCGUCUCAGCGCCGCAAAUAAAUCCUCACCACCAGAGACCCCUAAGUCGACAAGAUCAAACCGUCUCACCAAGAUCUUCAAUAUCCCACGUCUGGCCAGUUUGGGCAAUCUGAACAUCCCGACUUCAGCGUCACGUGCGAGCUCUGGGAAAAAUACGCCGUGCCCGAGGAUGGGUGCGGGGAGUUUGAAGCCUGGGUUCGAUAAGGAUGGCGAAGAUGGUGGCAGCGGGAGUUUGAGGAUGGCAAGUGGAUUUUCUGCUGUCACGACUUUAGCGUCGGCUUCGAAUUCGCCGGGAGGAAUGGAGGGAUGUAAAUAUGAGGGAGAGCGGGAGAGUAUGCGUUGGCUGGAUAUCGGGAUGUCUAGUUCUGGUGUCUUAAAUGCGGGUGCUGGGCCUGAACUUAAGGUCCAGGCCACGGAGCAAGAGUUAGCUAAUAAGGAUGUCAAUACGGAACAUCAGGACGACACGAGCACGGGUAUCACAGCAGUUUACCACAGCGAAUACCCGAUCCUCAAUUUCGGCAACUGUGGAAAUGAAGAGUCCUCGCUACACAAAAACACAAUCCUCGACACCGCGUUCCCCAAACCCCCGGCAACCACCUCUUCUCGCCGCGCCGUCAGCAUCCCCAUCACUCCAACCGGAACAAUAACCCUAGGUGCACCUAGCCAACUAGGAUCUCCGACGGGCAUGCAGAUGCAGCGACUUCCGACGAUUGAGGGGUUAAGGGAAUAUGUUUUUAAAAAGGUUACGCAAGCUAUGGAGAGGCAUGUUGAAGGAUUCCAUGGUGGAGACGGUGGGAGGGGGGAGAAAGACAAACCGGCAACAGUCUGGACCGUCGCUCUAACCACGCCCCAUCCACAAACCAUCGCGAUCGGCCCCUACACCAUCGUUAAGCCCGACUUUGUCGUCAGCGUCACUAUUGUCCUCUACAGCACUCUGCUCUUUAUCACAGCCCUCGACGGACCAAAAUGCUUGCUUCUCAUGCUAUGGCGUUUCGCUGUUGUACUGGCCGGGUAUGCAGCAGUUGCGCAUAAAUUCGGCUGGGAUGAGGUUGAGGGAGGGGAUUUUUUGCUUGAGCCGGCUGGAUACCUCGUCGCGGUUCUGGGGCAGAUGGCUGUUGUUGGUGCGGGAAGGGUUGGAGGUUGGUUGGGGUCAGUUGCGAAGGCCGGGGUUGAUGGGUUUGGCGAAGGUUAUGAUGGUGAGAGCGAGAGGGAGAGGAAGAAGAAGACAGAGGAACGGGUAUGAUUUCAAUGGCGGUGUGGUGGGCGUCGUGGUAAAGCUUUAAUCGUUUGGGAGAAGUCAGACUCUCCUGGCUGGAGACUUGGCUCUAGCCUCGUCAUUAGGCGCUGUUUUACCUGGCUGACGGCUUGUGCGGCGGAACUGGA